GAUUAGGGCCUCUUAAAAUAAUCUACGCAAUUCAUCGACUUCGCAUCAUCCGCACCUUGAUCCGACUUAUCACGAGUAGUUUGUUCAGUGUUCAAAACUCAACGAUACACAAAGGUUGAGCACGAGCAAGAUGAAUGGAUGGAUGGGUUUAGGGAAAUCUUACCAAAUUUCAUCUCUCAAAGGUUCCAGACCCCACAGUGGCAGUUAGUCUUCCUGUCAUCAACAACUCUUCCUUCAAUCAGUGAGAUAAGAUUUCCAUUUUUAUUGAAAACUUAAUUGGUAAACAUAUAUGUAUAUAUAUAGUCGACAUACAGUUGAAUGGCUUAUUCAAAAAAGUCUGAUACACUACUUCCAAAUACACUUAUUUAUGAAAUGUCUUCUUUGAUGCAUAUUCUGGGCUUGAGCUUAUGGCUCUUCUUGGCCAGCCAAAGCUCGAAAACUGCAGUUUCACAGAAUCCUGCAGAGGUUGUUCAAGGAAGUGUAUAUAUUGACGGAGGUUUGUCAAUUGGUAUGAUAGAUGAAGAUUUCAUUUGUGCUACAAUGGAUUGGUGGCCUCCCACCAAAUGUGACUAUGGAACUUGUAGCUGGGGCAAUGCUUCGCUACUCAAUCUGGAUAUUGGCAACAAGAUUUUGCUAAACGCGAUCAAAGCCUUUUCUCCCCUGAAAAUUAGACUUGGUGGAACUUUGCAAGAUAAAGUCAUAUACCAAGUUGGAGAUGAUCCCGGAGCAUGUACCCAAUUUGUUAAGGAUAGCACAGAAAUGUUUGGAUUUACUCCAGGUUGCUUGCCCAUGUCCCGGUGGGAUGAUUUAAAUGACUUUUUCAAGAUGGCAGGGGCAAAGGUUAUCUUCGGUUUGAAUGCAUUAAAUGGGCGUAAAAUUGGCUCCGAUGGGUCUACAACAGGAGCUUGGAACUCCAGCAAUGCAGAAUCUCUCAUAAGAUAUACAGUCAAUAAAGGCUACACUAUUUACGGCUGGGAGCUUGGAAAUGAACUGAGUGGCAAUGGAAUUGGAGCAAGUAUUGCAGCAGAUCAGUAUUCAUCUGAUGUGAUCAAUCUUCAGAAAAUAGUGCAAGAUGUAUAUAGUGGAUUUGAGACGAAGCCACUGGUCCUUGGACCAGGAGGAUUCUUCGACGCAAACUGGUUCACAGUAUUUAUAAAGGGAGCAUCCAACUCACUUCAAGUGGUUACACACCACAUUUACAAUCUUGGUCCAGGCGUGGAUGAGCACCUUGUUGACAAGAUACUCGAUCCAUCCUACCUCGAUGGUGGUUCGAAGCCCUUCAAAGAUCUUCAAAGUAUUCUCCGAAGAUCUGGAACUUCGACCACAGCGUGGGUUGGUGAAGCUGGAGGGGCUUAUAAUAGUGGUCAUAAUCUGGUCACCAAUGCAUUCGUCUUUAGCUUCUGGUAUCUGGAUCAGCUUGGCAUGACAGCAACUUAUGAUACUAAAACAUACUGCAGGCAGUCAUUGAUUGGUGGAAACUAUGGUCUACUCAACACUACCACCUAUCUUCCAAAUCCUGAUUACUACAGCGCUCUUCUUUGGCAUCGUUUGAUGGGAAGACGAGUUCUAUCAACACGCUUUGUAGGGACAAAUAAGAUUCGUGCAUAUGCUCACUGUUCAAAGAAUUCACGAGGAAUCACAUUGCUGUUUAUCAACCUGGAUAAUACUACAGCAGUUGAAGUUAGCCUUUCAAUCAAGAAUGCCAUCUUAGUCAAGGAAACAUCCCAGAAGACAGAGUUUCAAAGGAUAACUAGAGACAAGAAGGCCACAUAUCAAGUUAUGAGAGAAGAAUAUCAUCUAACACCUGAAGAUGGUGAUUUACAUAGCCAAAUAAUGCUUCUAAAUGGCAAAGCCUUGACUGUAAAUUCUUCAGGGAUAAUUCCUUCAUUAGAACCUAGGAGAGUAAAUCUCUCAGACCCAUUAACUGUAUCUCCUUUCUCAAUUGUAUUUGCACAAAUACCCUCUAUUCAUGUUCCUGCGUGUAUCUGAGCAUAGACAAAUUACGUAUAUUGACAUUUAUUGAUAUAUUCUGUACA